CACGCCGUGUCUUAGAUUAGUCCUCCCACAAAAGCAGCUGCUGUGUCCCCUGUGUUCACUCAAGGAAACAGAAGGACAGAGAAUUCCGUGGGACGCUCGAGGCCAGAGCUGUGUGGAGUGAGCGCCCCGUGAGGGGAGGCAUUCAAGCCAAACGCUGGCCAAGCACCUGCUGCAGCUCUGUAGUGGACAUCUACGAUGAGGAAACUAUGCCCCAGACAUCCGUGGUCUUCUCCAGCAUACUCGGGCCCAGCUGUAGUGGACAGGUGCAGCCCGGCAUGGGGGAGCGAGGUGCUGGGGCCGGCGGCUCCGGGGACCUCAUCUUCCAAGACGGGCGCCUCAUCUCCGGGUCCCUGGAGGCCUUGAUGGAGCACCUGGUCCCCACAGUGGACUAUUACCCUGAUAGGACGUACAUCUUCACGUUUCUCUUGAGCUCCCGGGUCUUCAUCCCCCCUCAUGACCUGCUGGCCCGUGUGGGGCAGAUCUGCCUGGAGCAGAGGCAGCAGCUGCAGGCUGGGUCUGAGAAGGUCAAGCUGAAGUCCUUCUCAGCUAAGAUCGUGCAGCUGCUGAAGGAGUGGACGGAGGCCUUCCCCUAUGACUUCCAGGAUGAGAAAGCCAUGGCGGAACUGAAGACCAUCACUCACCGGGUCGCUCAGUGUGACGAGGAGAAUGGCACGGUGAAGAAGGCCAUCACCCAAAUGACGCAGAGCCUGCUGCUGUCCCUGGCUGCCCGGAGCCAGCUUCAGGAGCUGCGUGAGAAGCUCCGCUCACCGGCCGUGGACAAAGGGCCCGUCCUCAAGGCCAAGCCGCCAGCUGCUCAGAAGGACAUCCUGGGCGUGUGCUGUGACCCCCUGGUGCUGGCCCAACAGCUGACUCACAUCGAGCUGGAGAGGGUCAGCAGCAUUCACCCCGAGGACCUGAUGCAGAUCGUCAGCCACAUGGACUCUCGGGACAAGCACAGGUGCCGAGGGGACCUGACCAAGACCUACAGCCUAGAGGCCUACGACAACUGGUUCAAUUGCCUCAGCAUGCUUGUGGCCACCGAGGUGUGCCGGGUGGUGAAGAAGAAGCACCGGACCCGCAUGCUAGAGUUCUUCAUCGAUGUGGCCCGAGAGUGCUUCAACAUCGGGAACUUCAACUCCAUGAUGGCCAUCAUCUCUGGCAUGAACCUCAGUCCCGUGGCGAGGCUGAAGAAGACGUGGUCCAAAGUCAAGACGGCCAAGUUCGACGUCUUAGAGCACCACAUGGACCCAUCCAGCAACUUCUGCAAUUACCGUACAGCCCUGCAGGGGGCCACACAGAGGUCCCAGAUGGCCAACAGCAGCCGGGAGAAGAUCGUCAUCCCCGUGUUCAACCUUUUCGUUAAGGACAUCUACUUCCUGCACAAAAUCCACACCAACCACCUGCCCAAUGGGCACAUUAACUUCAAGAAAUUUUGGGAGAUCUCCAGACAGAUCCAUGAGUUCAUGACAUGGACACAGGUAGAGUGUCCCUUCGAGAAGGACAAGAAGAUUCAGAGUUACCUGCUGACAGCUCCCAUCUACAGCGAGGAAGCUCUCUUCAUCGCCUCCUUUGAAAGUGAAGGUCCUGAGAACCACAUGGAAAAAGACAGCUGGAAGACCCUCAGGACCACUCUGCUUAACAGAGCCUGAAGGCACGGAUGCAGCCUGCAGACCUGGACGAAGCACACAUGUGUACCAAGUUUUAAUCUUGAUUGAUAUGGGUUGAGAUGAGGAGGCCUCACUGGUUGGGGUCCAUUUUGUAUAUAACUUUUAUGAAAA